AUGGGUAGCUCAGAUUUCUCAUGGAAAUUACCGGAUCAUCCUAAGCUUCCAAAGGGAAAGACUAUUGCUGUUGUUGUUUUGGAUGGUUGGGGUGAGGCUAACCCAAAUGAGUACAACUGUAUCCACAUCGCUGAAACACCAACCAUGGAUUCUCUUAAAAAGGGUGCACCUGAACAUUGGAGAUUGGUUAGGGCUCAUGGUAAAGCUGUAGGACUUCCAACUGAGGAUGACAUGGGCAACAGUGAAGUUGGUCACAAUGCUCUCGGUGCUGGUCGUAUAUUUGCUCAAGGUGCAAAGCUUGUUGACCUUGCUCUUGAGUCUGGAAAGAUUUUCGAUGGAGAAGGUUUCAAUUACAUCAAGGAAAGUUUCGAAACUGGUACAUUACAUCUCAUUGGACUACUGAGUGAUGGUGGAGUUCACUCCAGGCUUGAUCAAGUGCAGUUGUUGCUUAAAGGAGCUAGUGAGCGCGGUCUUAAGAGAGUCCGUCUCCAUAUUCUUACAGAUGGUCGCGAUGUUUUGGAUGGCUCAAGUGUAGCUUUUGUGGAAACCAUUGAAAACGAUCUUGCAAAAUUGCGUGAGAAAGGUGUUGAUGCACAGAUUGCAUCAGGUGGAGGUCGCAUGUAUGUCACAAUGGAUCGUUAUGAGAAUGACUGGAGUGUUGUGAAACGUGGAUGGGAUGCUCAAGUUCUUGGUGAAGCACCUUAUAAGUUCAAAAGUGCUCUUGAAGCUGUCAAGACACUGAGGGCAGAACCAAAGGCCAAUGACCAGUAUCUGCCUCCUUUUGUUAUUGUUGACGAGAGUGGAAAAUCUGUUGGUCCUAUAGUUGAUGGCGAUGCCGUUGUUACAUUUAACUUCCGGGCAGAUCGUAUGACUAUGCUUGCUAAGGCUCUUGAAUAUGAAAACUUUGACAAAUUUGAUAGAGUACGCUUCCCUAAAAUCCGUUAUGCUGGUAUGCUUGAAUACGAUGGUGAAUUGAAACUUCCACGCAAAUACCUUGUUUCUCCACCAGAGAUUGAAAGGACUUCUGGAGAAUAUUUAGUUAAAAAUGGUGUUCGCACCUUUGCUUGCAGUGAGACUGUUAAGUUUGGUCAUGUCACAUUUUUCUGGAACGGAAACCGGUCUGGGUAUUUUGAUGAGAAACUGGAGGAAUAUGUUGAGAUUCCAAGUGACUCUGGGAUUACAUUCAAUGAAAAGCCAAUAAUGAAGGCCGUGGAGAUUGCUGAGAAGGCAAGGGAAGCAAUUCUUAGCGGGAAAUUUGAUCAGAUUCGUGUCAACCUACCAAACGGUGACAUGGUGGGACAUACAGGAGACAUCGAAGCAACAAUUGUGGCUUGUAAGGCAGCUGACAAAGCUGUGAAGUUGAUUCUUGAUGCAAUCGAGCAAGUGGGUGGAAUAUAUGUUGUCACUGCUGAUCAUGGCAAUGCAGAAGAUAUGGUCAAGAGGGACAAGUCAGGAAAACCUCAGCUAAAGGAUGGACAAGUCCAGAUUCUUACUUCUCAUACUCUUGAACCAGUACCAAUUGCCAUUGGAGGUCCUGGAUUGGCUCCUGGUGUCAGAUUCCGCAACGAUGUUCCCACCGGUGGGUUGGCCAACGUAGCUGCAACUGUGAUGAAUCUUCAUGGAUUUGAGGCUCCUAGUGACUACGAGACGACCCUCAUAGAAGUAGUUGAUAAAUGA